GUGGUACUCUCAUGGACCAUGGUGGACCUCGCGGAGAUCGAGAAGGCGGCCCCCGCCGACGCGCAGAUGCCCGACCUCAAGCGCAAGCUGGCUGGCAUCAAGGAGCGCUUUGCUGGUGGCCGCCCUGAGGGCACGGCCAGUGGCAGUGGUGCUCGAGACCAAGUUCCGGGCACUGGGGCCACCAAGAGGCGGAAGCUCUCCGAUGUCCUCGCCGAGAGGGCCGUCGCUACGAGUGCGCGCGCUGAGAAGCCGGCUGGGGCCAGGGACCCCAAGGACAAAGAGUCGAUCACGAUCGACGGACUUGCUCGCAUCAUCCGGCGUCGUGUGAUUGCGGACUCUGACGAGUCGGGGGAAGACGAGGGAGGGCCAGGGAACGGCAGGCCAAGGCACGUCGACAUCCUCAAGACGCGGCGGAAGUCUGCCGGCCAGCUCAGCGAGGACACGCUGCAGCGGAUGGCGAGGCUCCUUGGCACCCUGGCGGCCUCCGAUUUCAGCGACGCCGCGUGCCGGGCGAUUGUCCAGGCUUACGUGCACCAGAUCAUGUUCAACGAGUUCCCCCGGCAGAAGAUUGGCCUGCGCAAUUCCCGGGAGAUCGAGACCCUGGCGCUCGCGGCCGAUCACCUCCUCCGGGGGGGGCAGGCGGUGGCCCUGGACGUCGUCAUGCAGAGGCUCAAGGCCCUCGAGCGCUCCCUCGUCGACGAGAAUUGGACCGUCGCCAGGUGGCGCGAGCUCAUGCCGACGGGGGGGGCGCAGCUCGCCAGCCGCGCAGAAGCGACGGCAGCGCUCAAGCUCGAGGAGUCCGAGAGGAAGCUCAGGGGGCCCAGGACC